ACCAUCCCCAGGUUCUUCGGGUGGGGGAGGGGGCGCGUCUCGGCGAGUCACGAUGAUGGCGGCCACCAGUCUGUGGUGAGCUAGCGGAUUCUCUGCUGGUCUCGCAGAGCCCCUCGCGCCUCCUGCAGACUCCGGGGCUGGUGCCGGGCGCGUGAGGAAGCACAGCGGCCCGACCUCGCGGGGAAGGCCGCAGUCGCGGAGGCAGCGGCGUGGCCCGGGGCCAGGCCUGGGGGAGAGGCCGCUCCACAAGGCGAAUGUGACAAGCCCCCACCCCCACCGCCUUCCUCCUGAGUGCGCGAGGCGCGCGGGCGACCCCGGGGCCCCGCCAGGCCACAGACCCCGCCCAGCGGCCAGCACCCGGAGCAGGCCCGGCAGCCGAGCUGCGCGGCGGCACCAUGCGGGUCACCCUGAAGACCCUCCAGCAGCAGACCUUCAAGAUCGACAUCGACCCCGAGGAGACGGUGAAAGCACUGAAGGAGAAGAUUGAGUCUGAAAAGGGGAAAGAUGCCUUUCCUGUAGCAGGUCAAAAAUUAAUUUAUGCAGGCAAAAUCCUCAAUGAUGAUACUGCUCUAAAAGAAUAUAAAAUUGAUGAGAAAAACUUUGUGGUGGUUAUGGUGACAAAACCCAAAGCAGUGACAACACCAGCACCAGCUACAACUCAGCAAUCAAAUCCUGCCACCACUACCACAGUUAGUUCCUCUACAGCACCAGCUGUGGCUCAGGCCCCAACCCCCGCCCCUGCUUUGGCUCCCACUCCCACACCUGCGUCCAUCACUCCAGUAUCCACGACAGCAUCUUCUGAACCUGCACCUCCUAGUGCAACAAAACAAGAGAAACCUGCAGAAAAGCCAGCAGAAACACCAGUGGCUACUAGCCCAACAUCAACUGACAGUACAUCAGGAGAUGCUUCUCGGUCAAACCUUUUUGAAGAUGCAACAAGUGCACUUGUGACAGGUCAGUCUUAUGAGAAUAUGGUAACAGAGAUCAUGUCAAUGGGCUAUGAACGAGAGCAAGUAAUUGCAGCCCUGAGAGCCAGUUUCAACAACCCUGACAGAGCAGUGGAGUAUCUUUUAAUGGGAAUCCCCGGAGAUAGAGAAAGUCAGGCUGUGGUUGACCCCCCUCCAGCAGCUAGUACUGGGGCUCCUCAGUCUUCAGUGGCUGCAGCUGCAGCAACCACGACAGCAACGACCACAACAACAAGUUCUGGAGGACAUCCCCUUGAAUUUUUACGGAAUCAGCCUCAGUUUCAACAGAUGAGACAAAUUAUUCAGCAGAAUCCUUCCCUGCUUCCAGCGUUGCUACAACAGAUAGGUCGGGAAAAUCCUCAGUUACUUCAGCAAAUUAGCCAACACCAGGAGCAUUUUAUUCAGAUGUUAAAUGAACCAGUUCAAGAAGCUGGUGGUCAAGGAGGAGGGGGUGGAGGUGGCAGUGGAGGAAUUGCAGAAGCUGGAAGCGGUCAUAUGAACUACAUUCAAGUAACGCCUCAGGAAAAAGAAGCUAUAGAAAGGUUAAAGGCUUUAGGAUUUCCUGAAGGACUUGUGAUACAAGCAUAUUUUGCUUGUGAGAAGAAUGAGAACUUGGCUGCCAAUUUUCUUCUACAGCAAAACUUUGAUGAAGAUUGAAAGGGACUUUUUUUUAAUCUCACACUUCACACCAGUGCAUUACACUAACUUUGUUCACUGGAUUGUCUGGGAUGAUUUGGGCUCAUAUCCACAAUACUUGGUAUAAGGUAGUAGAUUGUUGGGGGUGGGGAGGGAGGGACGUAGGCUAUAGGGCAGGGAUAAAUACAGUGCAUGUCUGCUUCAAUUAGCAGAUGCCGCAAAUCCACACAGUGUGUAAAAUAUUAUACAACCAAAAAUCAGCUUUUGCAGGUCUUUUAUUUCUUCUAUAAAACAGUAGGUAACUUUUCCUAGGUUUCACUCUUUAUAGUGUACUAGAUCCAGAAAUUUAGUGUAAUGCCCUGCUUUAUAUUUCUUUGACUUAACAUUGGUUUCAGAAAGAAUCUUUGCUACCUAGAAUCUACAGGCUCUGUUUCAUGGCAACACUGGAUAAAUGGCUUUGUGAAAUUGAAAAAAAUUUUGGAACAGCUGUAAACAGAAAUGCCAAAUUAUUGAUGGUUUUUGUUGCUGCUUCAAAUAAGUAUAAAAUUAAUGUGUAAGGAAGCCCAUUCUUUCAUGUUAAAUACUUUGGUGGGGGAGGGGUGAAGGGGAACCUUUUCUUAAAAUGAAAAUAAAUUACUGCUAUUUUAAAAUUUCUUGAUCAUUGAAUGGUAAGACCCUUCGAACAUGAUUUGAGAAGCUGUACAAGUAUAGGCAGUUAUUUUCCUGUUUACAUUUUUUUGGUUUGUUUUGGGGAAAAAUUGGUAGGUGUCUAAUUACUGUUUACUUCAUUGUUAUAUUGCAGUAAAAGUUUUAAAACCACCAUUGCAUGUUUGCUUUUGAUGUAUCCCUUUGUGAAAUUAGCACUUUGGGGCCAAUGGAGAAACGCAGCAUUCACUCUCCCUCUCUUCUCCUUCCCUCAGCAGAAAUGUGUUUGUCAGCAAGUCGUGAGUUCAAACUGCUGCCUUUUUUAAAAAAAACCCACAAAAUGCUGAUUCAGUUCAAAAUUAAUGCAAAUGUUUCAAAACUGGGUUUCUGAUAUUUGUAAAUGUUUUUCCUUAUUAGUUAAGAGUGUAUGACCAUUAAGGUCAUUAGGAUUAUAUUGCUUUCAAAAAGAGAAGUGGACAGAACUGUAUAAUCCAGCAUCUUUUAUUGCAUUGGAAAGACUGACAGAAUCUUGUGGAAGGGUUGGGAGAUGCGGCUGGAAAAGUACUUUGGAAAAUAUACAAUCAAGAUAUCUCAUGGCAUAUUAAAAGAAAAAUCGUAAUAGCA